AUGUCUAUGUUACGUCGUGCUGUUGCCAUCUCAAGCCCAGUCGGCUGCAAUGCCUUUCUUCGCGGUUUCACUACUUUACCGGAUCUCGUCAAGCCAAAGGGAGCACCUGCAGAGUUGCCUCAACUGGACUUUAACUGGAAAGAAGGGUGUGCACCAGUGUUAAGCCCACGCCAAAUGGAACUCCACUACACCAAACACCACAAGGCGUAUGUGGAUAAAUUAAACGCCCUCGCCGGCACUACAUAUGAUGGAAAAACCGUUGAGGAUAUUAUGCGGGAUGUGGUAAAGGAUGCGGAUAAGAAGGUAUUAUUUAAUCAAGUGGCCCAACACUUCAAUCACACUUUUUAUUGGCGUUGUAUUACUCCUAAUGGAAAGCCUAUGCCUCAACCUCUUGCCAGUGCUAUUGCCGCUCAUUUUGAUUCUGUGGAUCGAUUUAAGGAAUUAUUUGCGCAGUCGGCGGUAAACAACUUUGGAUCUGGAUGGACUUGGCUCUGUGUGGAUCCAUCUAAACAAUUUCAACUUGUGAUUGACAACAGCAGUAACGCGGGGUGUCCAAUCACGAAAGGACUACGCCCCAUCUUCACAGUGGAUGUAUGGGAACAUGCGUAUUAUAAAGACUUUGAAAACCGCCGGCCGGAUUACUUGAAAGAACUUUGGAGAGUUGUGAAUUGGGAGUUUGUGGCGGACGCCUACGCAAAGGCACUGAAAUAA